AUGUCUGAAGAAUUUGCAGCACCACAGCUCAUCGAUGAAUUAGAACCAUCUCAAAUGGAUGACAAUACUAGAGUCAUAAAGGAUUUAUUGGCCGGUACUGCAGGUGGUGUAGCACAAGUGCUUGUUGGUCAACCUUUUGAUACAACAAAGGUUAGAUUACAAACAUCAACCACUUCAACAUCAGUAGCAGAUGUUGUGAAAAAUUUAUUGAAACAUGAAGGUCCAUUAGGAUUUUAUAAAGGUACAUUAACACCAUUAAUUGGUGUUGGGGCCUGUGUGUCUGUUCAAUUCGGUGUGAAUGAAGCAAUGAAAAGAUUUUUCCGUCAACGUAAUGGCGAUAAAAAAUCAACCUUAUCUUUAUUGCAAUAUUAUUUAUGUGGUGUCACUGGUGGUGUUACUAACGCCUUUUUAGCUUCACCAAUUGAACAUGUCAGAAUUCGUUUACAAACUCAAACUUCUUCAGGAGCCAAUGCAGAAUUUAAAGGCCCUUUAGAUUGUAUUAAAAAAUUGGUUAAACAUAAAAGUUUAAUGCGUGGUCUAACUCCAACAAUGUUAAGAGAAUCUCAUGGUUGUGGUUCUUAUUUCCUUGUUUAUGAAGCUAUGAUUGCUAGAGAUAUUAAAUUUAAUAACUUACAAAGAACAGAAAUACCUGCUUGGAAGUUAUGUUCAUAUGGUGCAUUAUCCGGUACAUGUUUAUGGUUAAUGGUUUAUCCAAUUGAUGUCAUCAAAUCUGUUAUUCAGACUGAUACUUUGAAAAAUCCAAAAUAUAAGAAUUCUAUGUUAGUUGCGACCAAGCAAUUAUAUGCCAAGGGCGGAUUAUCAUCCUUCUUUAAAGGGUUUACUCCAACAAUGUUAAGAGCAGCUCCAGCAAAUGCAGCCACUUUUGCAACUUUUGAAUUAGCUAUGAGAACAUUCGGUUAA